UAUUUUACGAAUAUGAAUAUAUCGAUAUUUUGAUACAUUUCCGACAUGUCUAACUCCGACUAAUUAUUAAAUUUCUAAAGCGGAACGUCAACAAUUUCGGGUACCAAAACAAAAACACAUUUCGACAAACCGAAUUAGACUCAAAUCUAUAGGCUGCACCACUUGCGAGUAUCCCAUCCAGUUAAUUAGGUAAGGCAAGUGGGGACAACAAAAAUAACGUGGUCGCGAAUCACAUUUUCCUCCGCCUCCGCCUCUGCCUAUUUUUUUUUUGCGGUACGAGGCAUGCGGGUGUGGGGCUUUGUUGUUGCAAUUGCCGGAGUACAGUGCCGUGUCACGUUUUAUUUUCAAUCAGCGAUCUUCGGCUAUUGCGAAUAGAUUGGAAAACCUGUGCGUUUCCUGUGCAGAUAAUCCCUGCGAAGAACAAGAAAUGGCACGCGGACACCAAAAGAUCCAGUCACAGGCGAAGGCGGCCGAGAAGCAGGCCAAGAUGAAGAAGCAGCAGGGCCACAGCGCUAACGACCAAAAGAAGGCUGCCCAGAAAGCGCUCGUUCACGUCUGCGCCGUCUGCAAGUCGCAAAUGCCCGAUCCCAAGACUUAUAAGCAGCACUUUGAGAACAAGCAUCCCAAGAACGAUAUGCCAGAGGAGCUGAAGGAUGUCUGAUGCCCAAUAGCCAUUUUGCCGCGGGCACACAACAUAUUUAUAUCAAGCUGAACGAGGAGAUCGAGAUCGAGGAGGACGAGUUGCCUACCAGUACGAAAUCUUUGCAACAAUAACUUUACAUCAGCCCGAACAAGAACAGCUACAAUCAAGCCGAAGCCAAGAGGGUGGAUAAUAAUAAUAAUAAUAACAACAAUAAGAGUAAUAGUAAUAGAAAUUACCAAUGCAAGGAGCGCAGCUGAAUUUUUUGUAUACACGCGGCUGACUUUUGGUUUUGGUUUAAGUUUUUAUAUUGAAAUUAACAUAGUAUACAAUUGUUCACUGAAUGGCUACAAUACAAGGAAAAUUCCUACCACAUAGCAACCUA